AUGGCAGGUGACCCCUCGAAACGUAAUCAGAAUCUGUAUUGCGCGUACCACCAAGAGCCAGGCCACACCACCGAUGAUUGCAGGAAUCUGAAAAACCAUUUGGACCGGCUUGUCCGAGAAGGGAAGUUGAGGCAUCUGUUGCAUCGCCCUGAAGGAUGGCGGGAACAGUCAAAUAUCGAAACCAGACAAAGUACAUUGAGGCCACCCAUUGACACAAUAAAUGUCAUUCUUGCCGCACCUGGAAGGACCGGUUCCAGCCCUUUCAGAGUAAUGUCAGUGGGCAGGUUCUCAACUGAGCCGGACGACAGGGAAUCCAAGAGAGCCAGAGUGAUUGCCACGCCCUUAAUCGGGUUCUCGGAGGAGGACAAACAAGGAACCCUUCAACCCCACGAUGAUGCCCUAGUCGUCACGCUCAGAAUUGGAGGUUAUGACGUGAAAAGGGUGUUGGUUGAUCAAGGCAGCGCCGUGGAAGUAAUGUACCCUGACUUGUAUAAAGAAUUGAACUUGAAGCCAGAAGACCUGUCGCCAUACGACUCCCCUUUGGUCAGCUUUGAAGGAAAAACUGUCACCCCGAAAGGCAUGAUUAGGCUGCCUGUGCAAACAGACUUGGACGUGGUGGAGGUGAACUUCAUUGUGGUAGACGCGUACUCCCCUUACACAGCUAUCGUGGCCCGACCAUGGCUUCAUGCACUAGGUGCUAUGCCAUCAACCUUGCACCAAAAAGUGAAGUAUCCGUCAGGAGGUCAAAGUGCCGACUACACGGGCAGAAUUGCAAAAUGGGGAACGAUCCUGGGCGCCUUUGACAUUAGGUACAUGCCUCGCACUGCUGUGAAGGGUCAGGUCCUCGCAGAUUUAGUAGCCGAAUUUGCGGAGCCCAUACUAGAAGGAGGGGGAGGGUCACUGAACCCAGACGGGAAACUGAUAAGUGCAAUCACUCAGCAAGAGCCCAGCUAG